AUGUCAUAUUUAGUCCCACUAAUGGAUCACAACCUCCUACGAUUAGUAAUGACAGUUGGCGAAUUUUUCGCAAUCACACCUUCAAUAACGAAAAUCGGAACCUUCCGUACUAAAAUCUACGCCACUGGUGUCAUUUUCACCCUUAUGACAGUUUCAACCCUAUCUGUCAUUUACUUCCGGCAGCCCCUUUAUGUCAAUUUCUCCGAAAUCAAGCUAAUCGUUUCCAUGGCAAUGGUGAUAAUAGUCAACGCCUUCAAUUGUUACACAGUGCUAGCACCUGUUUUCUGUAAACGCCAAAAGUACUGCCAACUUAUGGCGAAAUUAGUGGAAAAACACCACCAGACUUACAGUUUCACCACCUAUGUGAAAUUUUUGACCCCAAAUUUGCUGUAUUGGCUGGUAUCGAUUUACGCAGCCUACGUGUGGGCCGAUAUUUUAGGCUUUAGUUACUUCAAGGAGUAUUUCAUUGAAGUGGUACAACUGUAUUUCCAGUUCUACUAUUGCUAUUUUUUGUGUAUUAUUGUAAGGAUUUUUUGGGGGAAAUACAGAAAUGUUAAUUUGUUGUUGGCGGAACGGUUAGUACGCAUGCGAAAUCGACGAUUUUUGGACUAUGAGGAAUUUUAUGCGUUUAUGAAGAGGAUGGAAGGCUUGGUGGGGUCGCUAAAGGAGUUGAAUUUGCUUUUUAAUGACGUUUUUGGGUGGCCAAUCGUUAUGAUUAUUUUAUACUCGAGUCUGCUUCUCUUAAAUUAUUUGAACGAGAUUUUGAAAAACAAUUUUGGUUAUGACCCUAGACAGUAUACUGGAGUGAUUGUUUCGAAUGUUGUCGUCGCCUCUUUGACCAAUGUUGGUACUUUGACACUAAUUUUACUAUGUGAUUCGGUCUUAAAAGAAGUACAAACUACAAUUUUACUCGCUUAUAAAAUUCGACAACAUGCUUUGAUAAAAGAGGACAUAUCUGAAUUUAUUAAUGUGCUUCUAAAUAAUUAUCCCGAAUUUACAGCAGCUGGAUUUUUUUCCAUAAGUAAAACAACCAUUUUCCAUGUAAUUGGGAACUUGACGACUUUUUUCAUAGUUAUUAUACAAUUCAAUACAAGUUGGGGUAAAUAAAAGAAAUAGAAGUGUUGUUACGCAAUUUAAUUCAUAAUGUACAUUGAAGUUGCUGUAUAAUAUCUAAGCUAAAAUAAUCGUUUGUUAACAAUUAUACAUUCAUAAA